UGACGUCAGGUUGGUUGCCAUGGCAGCCCAAAAGCCUCAGGUCUCCAGGGAAACGGAGAGUAGCAACAACAGCAGUGUACCCCCAUCCGCGGGGAAUUCAUAAACAUUUAUCCAGCUAACAGGCUAAUGCUACGGUGUUUUUAGUCGAAGCAUUUCCUUGUUUACUGGUUUAUUUUUGUGUUCAGGUAUUAGUAGUUGUCUUGUUGUUUGUUUAUUUGUUUUAAAUUUCAGUUGAAGUCUGCUCUUUUCCAUGGCGAGUCUUGGAUCUUUGGAGAGUUUGCAGGCUCUCUCUGCCUUAUUAUCUACUCAACAAGACGACGAUGAUGAUGAUAAAGACAGGAAAAAUGUGGCCACCUGUGCACAGCUGGGUCCCGGACACAUUGGCCCCCCACCCAAACCCAGUGCAAAAAAAGACGGGUCGACUGCCUACGUGAUGAAGAGCAGCAAAGACAUCUGGAGCGAGGAGGAGGUGGCAGAGGGCGCCCAGUAUGAUGAUCUCGCUGACCCGCGACCGCAGCCUGAGUAUGAAAUCAUCCUGAAACAGAAUGUGGGGACAGAGGAUCUGUUUCUGGGCCUGAGCAGAAAGGACCCGUCCUCCAUGUGCUGUGAAGCCAUGCUGGUAAAAAUCAAACUACCAGGCACUAAAGCAACAGAUGUGAUCCUGGAUGUGAAGGAAAAGUUUCUUGAUCUACGGACGCCAAAAUAUAAACUAGGUCUUCACCUCCCUCACCCGGUCCACAGCCAAGAGGGGAGGGCGCAGUUUUACAGCGAGAGAGAGGAGCUCGAGGUGACUCUGCUGAUGAACCGCCUCAUGGACUCCAUCAACAUGCAAUAAGAGAGAAGGACAACAGUCUCCAAGGAUUCAAAAGGCGCUGAAUUAAUCUAACACCAGUGCACACUGGACAUUUACACACUCCAGUGUGUUUCCUCAGAGGCAUUACCAGUGUAUGUCAAUCCGUUUUUGCUAUGCAAGUUCGACAAAUUGCCAGUACAUGCGGUUAUUUAAUCUGUCAUUCAUUUUGUGAUGUGUUCAGCUAUUCAUGGAUUCGUAAUAAAUAUUUUUCUGUAAUUAUGCAGCUAUUUUGUUAUUGAAAAAUCACAGAUGUACCUCGGAUGUUAGGGAUGGAUGGAUGUUAACGUUUUUCUGAAAGAAUAAAUUGCGUGUG